UAGGGUUCUUCUAGGGGAUAUGGCGGACAGGAAGAUUUCUUCACAGGACUGGGAGCAGAUAUUUCAGGAUUUCCGGGGCUCGAGCGAUGCUCGCGGGCGAUGGCUGUCGUUCUACACGCCCGCGGGGCUCGUGGAGCAGGCAUUGCAAGCGGUGGGAUCCAAGAAGGAUUUUGCGCUCAAGCUCCAGACGCUCGCGUUUCUGGAUGAGAAUGCGGCGCUGCUCGUGGCGGACGAUGCCGCGGCACUGGAUCUACUGCUGGACACGCUGCGAUCCACGCUCCAGGCCCCAUCUUCCGCCGAUGGGAACUCCUCCUCGUCCUCGAUCAAGGAGCAGAUGAUGGUCACUGUGACGUCCACCAUGGUGAGCAUCGAUGCGAUCGGCAGCUCGCCGCGCAGCCUGGAGAUUCUGGUGGAGAUGCUGCUCGUCUUCAUCAAUCGGCCAAACCAUUCCAGCGAGCGCCAUCUCCGAGCCACUGCGUGUGAGUGUCUACGCGAGCUAGAAAAGGACUAUCCCUGCCUUCUCCAUUCCAGCGCUGGCCAUCUCCUAGCGCUGUGCCAGAGCGAGCGGACUCACGCGGGCCAAGCUUACACGCUCCUUCUCACCAGCGUUCUUCGCAACAUAGCACUCUACAUGCCUCUUCUACGAUCUUUCUACGCUGGUACGUACUCCAUCCUCUUCACCACCGUGCCUUUGAUCCCAUUCUCAAUCUCGCCAUUCCUCAGCAGUGUUUCUUCUCGCUCCUCGUCACCCGCAGUUUUUUCCUCGUCCAAGGAUUUCUCCGAGGAAUGCAUGAAAGAGUUUCGUAGAGUGAUAUCUUUCCUCCUCGAGAAGCCGAGUCUCUUAACCGAGUGUGGGGUGGCCGAGUUUAUAUCCGAUGUGUGUCGCACAGCCAGCUGCUUGGACUUGCAACCCAGCUUGCUCAAGAUCCAGUUCUGGAACCUCUUGCAUUCUUUCAGUCCGAUCUCCUGCCAUGGCUUUCUCACCAUCCUUGCUCGCUUCCCUGAUGCUUUCGAAGGAGAAGAGUCGAUCGUAUACAAGCGUCUUGUGUUGUUCUCGAGAGAGCUCUCUCAGCCGCUCACUGUUCGUCUCCUGGCCAUACACUGGCUGCUGGGCGUCGAGAACUUGGUCACCUCCAGAGGCAGGGAAGGUGUUCUUCCGCUGGUGGCGAAGUCACUCUACCCGGAAGCUUUUGAUCCGCUCUCGCUCAAGGCCGCAAAGCUGGAGUGCCUCGCUCGCUUUGCAGUGGUUUUCGACAGGCAGCAGCGAGAAGGCUCUUCCGAGAACUUUGUCCGCGUCAUGGUCCAGGAAGAUGCGACGGACAUGGCCAGCAAGCUCUUGAAGGACGGACUGGUGUGCUUGUCAUCUUACAAGUGGCUUCCUCCGAGCAGCACAGAGACGAGGCUGCUGUUCCGGACACUUCACAGGUUUUUGGUUUCCGGAUACGAGCAUUCUUCAAAGGUGGUGGCGGUGUUGGAAGAUGGUGAAGCUCUGGUGGACUCUUUGCUCUUCAGGUCUCUACAGGAUCACCUCGUCAGAAUGGCUAGAACUGUGAGGAAACUCGUGGAUAGAAUCCUCGCUCUGCUGGACAGGUUUCUAAGCUGUGAGGCUCAUCACGGCCUCGGUGAGCGGCUCUUGAGAACUUUCAGUGAGGAUCUGGUCCCUGCUCUUCCUUCGAAUUCGCAGCUCCCGGCCUACUUUCCGUUGAUGGAGAGGAUUGCAGAGAGUGGCAAGAUUCCUCCCAGAGCGCUCAUCAAAUCCCUCGAAACUUAUCUCAGGUUCAAGGUUGGCAAGCACUCUGGGAUUAACGCUGCGAAUUACUGGCUCCGAGGAAGCGAGGUUCUGGCCAUCUGCCGAACUCUGCUUAUGCAUCACCAGAGCUCGAGAGUUUUUCGCCGGCUGACAGAGCUCUUUGGAUAUCUGUGCCUCUACUUUCCAGACAUCGAGGUUCGAGACAAUGCAAGGUUCUACCUCCGGAUGCUGAUAUCAAUCCCAGGAAAUCGUCUGCGGGAAAUACUUACGUACGGAGAAAGCCAGACAGAAGAUUCAAAGCCACAGCUGCUGCAUGUGUCCUCGUUUCUGGGAUCGCCAUCGCCUCGAGUCUACCUGGGAAAGAAGGCGUCCAUACAGGUCUCGUCCUUUAUCCAUCUCACCCGAGAGACUCCACUGCUGGUGCGAAGCUCGUGGUCUCUGGUGCUGCACGAUACUUUCCAGCCCAUUCUGGAGCCUGUCACGGCAGAAGAUCAGAAGCCGACAGCAGCAGAACCAGGUAGUAGCCUCAUCGCAAUAACCGACGACGAAGUUCCUGGCGACUCGGAUCAUCCAACUUCGGACAAUGUGCUGCGUAUGAUGGAUGCAAAGACUGCGGAUACUCUCGCAGUUCUUCGAAGGCACUUCUCCGGGGUCUCGGAAUCGGGUGUGAAGAUCCAGGUGGUUUGCCGGUUGAAAGUGAAGUCACUGGAAGCAGCAACAGAUAACGUGGACGCACAAAACUUGGCUGCCAUAUAUGCUGCGGUCAUCAGCUUCUCGACAAGUGGCUUGUAUGGGCCUAUACCGCUAGUCCGUGUUCCAUUCCUCCUGAGCGAGCCUUCACACAAGCCAAAGUCUUCGGUGACGAGUCCGACCGCCAGUACCACGUCCGAAGGAACCGAACGAAGAGUUAAGUUUCUGGAGCCGCCGCGAUCAAGCCAUCCCGAGGAGCAAACAGUCGAAGCACACAAGUUUGGCAAGGUGGUGACGAUCGUGCUGGAGCCCCAGCAGCCGGUUCCAACUUUGGUCGACUGCCACAUUGCUUUCACGGACGAGGACGCUCAGACCGUUCACGGGCAACUGGACAGCAUUCCAGUCGGCAUCGAGGACCUGUUCAUGAAGCCGACGGUGCCGGCGAGCGUCUCCAACGAGCCGGAGUAUCUCCUGAGCCUGUUCAACGCGCUGUGGUAUGGGUGUAGCGGACCAGGGAAGCUCGGGACGGAGAUCUUUCUCUUGAAGGAUGGAAAGCAGGGGCUGGGCUUGCAGGGCUCGGAGUCCGUCAAGCUCCUGGAAGCUCAAGCGGACAGAGUUUUCUCGGCCGUGGAGAACUACUUGGCUGGUUUCGUGGUGUCCGUGAGCGGGACUUCUCUCAAGGAGAUGGCGAGAUACAGUGGAAAGUUUGACAAGAGCUGCUGGAUCGAGGAGCCGUCUUGCUCGAGGAGCUCCUCGAGCGCUUCUUCGCAAACCGAGCUUGACAAAGUCGACGAUCACGAGCAGCAGCAGCAGCAGCAGCUCUUGGAUCAUCCUCACCACGAUCCAUUCUCUCUGGAGAGCGAUUUGCUGCUCGCGAGCGAAGAGUCCGCCGGCGGAGAAGAGCUCGGCUGCUUCAUGGUGCUCGUUUUCCUUCCUCCAAGGUACCAUUUGCUCUUGAGAAUGGAGGUCUCGGAUUGGUCUACCUUGAUUCGCAUUAGAACAGACUACUGGCCGAGCCUAGCUCACGUUGACGAAUUCCUCGAAUCGUUCGUUAUCCCGAGAACAAAGAUGGAUUUCUAGAGCGCUCCACAUUUUUUGGAAUAAAAAAGAGGGCAGAGAAGA